AUGACUCGUGCACAGUUGGCGGACAUGAUGGGGCACUUGACUGGUUCUAGACCUCAGGGUGACAGGGGUGGCAGUCGCGUGGCUUUGUCAUUCAUUAGAGAUCAGAUGGCGGAUUUGCACCCAGAUAUUACCCACGAGACGGACCAUCUUUGGAAGUACACUCGGUUGGCGUUGCUCCUACUUUUCGGGUGUGUCUUGUUCCCGGACACUUCGGGGAGUAAAGUGAGUAUGCGCUUUCUCCAUUGUCUUGAGCAGAUGGAUGAGCUACCACAGUACAACUUGGGUGCUACUGUUCUGGCGUAUCUAUAUAGGAGCAUGUGCCGGGCGAGCGUAGGUCCAGCGGUUGAUAUAUGUGGUUUUCUGCCCCUCCUGCAGGUGCAAAAAAUUUCCGAAUACAUUGUUCGUUACCCCAAAUUCUAUAUCGUGAAAUGA